AUGUCUUCCUUCUUCAACAAAGCUAAAGAGAUGCUCGGCUCGACCGGUUCAAGCAGCAGCCACUCUACCACCAACAACACAACUGGUGCGCCUCAACAAAAAGACGACUACGUAGAUAAAGGCUUCGCCGCCAUCUCCAAGCAGUUCGGCUUCAAGGGCUCAAAGGAGCAGAACGAGAGGAUCACCGAUGCUGGAAGGAGUUUCUACGAGAAGCAGACUGGCAAGAAAGUCAGCAGCAACAUUAGCAAUUAG